AUGGAAGUUACCCCAGAGCGAAGUGCUAGAUAUGGAUCUGGAAUUGUCCGGAAAUCACCACGUACCGGUAAACUUAGUUAUAUUCCGGAUGUAAAUAUAUCUAAAAGACCACAAGUUGGUAUGCGAUUUAGGACAGUUGAUGAAGCUUAUGCGUUCUACGAGAAUUAUGCCAAGUUGGGUGGUUUUACAAUUCGCAAGAACACACAAAAAAUGAUUAAAGGUAUUGUUACACUGAAGUACUUUACGUGUUCUAAGGAGGGGAAGAAAACAUAUCAGAAAAUUGACACAGUCAAUGAUAUGGAUGUGGAUAACGUAAAAGGUAAACAAUGUCGUACAAGGCCUUCUAUACGUACAGGUUGUCUUGCAAGACUAAUUGUUAAGAGAUUGGACGAUAUGACCUACAAGAUAAACUCUUUUUACGAAGAGCAUAAUCAUACACUUGUGGAAGAGGGGGAUUAUCAGUUUUUGAGUGCUGCUAGAAAUUUGUCUGUUGUUCAAGAAGAUUUUAUUCAGAACUUGUCAAAGUUGAAUAUUGGACCUGUUCAAGCAUUCAACAUUAUGAGAACUCAUUAUGGUGGUUUUGAGGAAGUUGGCGCCACAGCAGUUGAUUGUAAGAACUUGAAGAGAGAUAUUAAUGCUUACAUUGGUGAACACGAUGCUGAAAUGGUUGUUUCUCGUUUGAUGGACAAGAAACGUUAUUUACCUGAUUUUUCAUGUGAGUAUCUCAAUGAUGACAAAGGUGAGCUUCGUGGUCUGUUUUGGGCUGACGAAGAAAUGAAGCUUAAUUAUAUGCAAUUUGGGGAUGUUAUCGCAUUCGAUUCCACGUUUCGUUCAAAUAAAUAUGACAUGGUAUUUGUCCCUUUCACCGGCAUAGAUAAUCAUCACAAGAACGUUACCUUUGGUGCUGCUCUGUUAGCAUCAGAGACUGCUGAGUCAUAUAAUUGGUUAUUAUCGGCUUUUAAAAAAUGUUAUGGACGGGAACCACGUGUAGUUGCUACUGAUCAAGACCCCGCGAUGAAAAAGGCGAUACGGGAGGUGUUUACUACGAGUCGACACCGGCUGUGCAUGUGGCACAUCAUGAAAAAGGUUGCCGAAAAGGUUGGGCCGACGUUGAAGAAAGAUAAGUCUUUUAGACAACGCAUUUGUGACAUUGUUUGGACUGAUGCAAUUCAGCCGGAGGACUUUGAGGAAAAGUGGAAAGAAAUCAUGAGUGAUUUUCAUUUGACUGGAAACAAAUGGUUGUCCGAUAUGUAUGCAAUUAGGAAUGAUUGGAUCCCUGCUUAUUAUCGUCACGAGAACAUGUCAGGUUUGAUGCGAACAACAUCUCGUUCAGAGAGCGAUAAUCGUUUUUUUGGUCAAUUUAGAAGCAGUAGUCAUACCCUUGUUGAAUUCAUCAGUCAUUUUGAAACGGCAAUUGAGUCACAACGAUACAAGCACCGAAAAAAUGAUCACGACACAAGGAAUACAACUCCGGAUUGGGUUACGGAUUUAAAUUUUGAGAGAGAAGCUAAUGAAAUAUAUACCAGGAAUAUAUUUAACGAUCUUCAGCAUGAGUUACUCCUCGGUGUUACAGAAUCACACUCUAUGAACGUUGAACAAGUCGGUGAAUUUAUUAAGUUUUCAAUUAAGGAUUUAGAUGUUGAAGGUUCAGUUUUGCGUGAGGUGCUUUUUCGAGAAGAUGAUAUGGAAAUAAAAUGUAGCUGUGGUAGGUAUGAACAAUAUGGUGUGCUAUGUAGGCACAUUUUUUUGGUGCUAAAGAUGUCUAAGGUUGAAACUUUUCCCAAAAAAUAUGUUAUGAGAAGAUGGACGAGAGAUGCUGUCCCAAGGAAGACUGUUACGUCAGUUAAGGAGAACGCCGAAGCUAAUCAGACAGUGGACGGUGUUAAUAAAGUUGUACGUGAAAUUAUGAUUGGGACUGAGUAUAUUGUUGAUAAAUUGUCAAAGGACAUGGAGAAGCUGGCGUUGUAUAGAGAUAAAGUUAAAGGCGAUAUAGCUCAACUAGAUGAGAUUUGUGGGUCUUCUCAACCUAUACAGAAGAAGGACAGAAUUGCUACUUUGCUUGGGUUUAAGCAACCUGAUAAAGAUACUGUUCGAGCUCCGGUUGGUAUUAGAACUAAGGGGUGUGGUUUUAAAAAACGGAUUAAGUCUACUUUUGAGCAAGUUUCUACUAAACAACCAAGGAAGCAAAGGACAUGUGGUAUAUGUGGUUCUCACGAGCACGACAAGCGUAAAUGUGAUAAAAAACCGGAAGCAAGUUGA